GAGUUGCCACAGUAUGAAUUGAGUGGUCCGUCGCUCUCAAGAGAUGAACGACAUGAGUUGAUAUCUUCGUUGAAUAAUGUCAUGCUGGAGAAUGUGGGAUCUCCAAUUAUUUAUACUUUGGUCACUAUGGUGAAAAAUUUCCUCGAGGUAAAGUUAGUAUUGGAACGUCUCCUGGAAAAUCCGAAAAUUGCUCGUGCUACUCACAACAUCUAUGCUUAUCGAAUCAUCCAGUCCAAAGAUGGACGAAUCACAAGGUUGCAAAACUGCUUUGACGAUGGGGAGACAGGAGCCAGUAGCAAAAUGCUGCAACUACUGGAAAAAAUGAGAGCAGACAAUGUACUCGUUAUUGUUUCACGAUGGUAUGGAGGCAUUCACCUAGGUCCAGAUCGAUUUCGUCACAUCACUAAUCUUACUUACGACAUUCUGUCAAAGCUAGAAGCAUGA